AUGGAUUCAUUCGCCAUAACCGAGAGCCUGGUCCCUCAGGAGCAACAGGAGGGUUCAACGCAAUCACCCGAAUUGACUGAGGAGACCAACAAAUUCCAACGUGCCAUUGCAGCCUGGAGAGGUAUUGACUUGACCAGUACCAUUGCGAAACUCGACACCACUGCCACCGGCAUCGUCGAACAGCAGCGCGAUGCACUUGUGCAACGAAAGGAUCUGGCACAGAAGACAAAAGAUUAUAAGAAGCUGGAUGAUGAGGCCAAGCUAUCUGAAUAUAAGGGACUGCUGAAGGCAUAUCAGUCUUUUAUCGAUCUCCUGACCAAUCAGGGGAAAACGUCAUCGUCCUCGUUCCUGCAGCUGUACUCCUCAUUAUCGGAGGCCCCGGAUCCAUACCCUCUCCUCGAAGCUUCCGUCGACUCUCUUGUCCUUUCUGAAGAUACUCUCCCGAAACUGACUUCGGAGCGAGAUCAAUUGCAGAAGUCAGUCAACCGCCUUACGAAACAACAAGAGGAAACCGAGAAACGCCUUUCAGAGGAGCGUGCCGCACGAAAGAAGCUGGAAGAGAGCCAGGAAUCCAAAGCCAAGGAGAUCGAAGCAUCAUGGGAGGCAGUCUUGACGGAGAAGGCGAACAACUGGGCCGCAAAGGAAAAGAGCUUAGAGGAGAAAGUGGAGAACCAGGACCGACUCAUCAAGGAGCUCAAGGCAAGCUAUGAAGUUUCUCAACGGCUAGGCGAGGGUGGAGAUCAGAAUGAUGAUGGUGAAGGCGCGCGCAGCGGUGCUACCGCGGCCGAGCUUGAACUCGUUUCUGCCGAUCUGGAGAAGACUAGCUUGAGACUGGCAGACGUGGAAGCGCGCAACGAACAAAUGCGACUCGAGCUGGCUCAAGCCGCUUCACACUCCUCGGGCCCGGUGUCUGUUGAAGAUGACCCCGAUUACCUCCGUCUUCAGUCCGAAAACUCUUCUUUGCUGCGGAAGCUUGAUGCUGCCCGGUUUGCCAAGGACUCAGAAAGACACACCUGGGAAGCGAAGCUGCUCCAGUCCGAGAGAACUGCUUCUAAGGCAUCUCUGGAGAGAGAAGAGCUGCGCGUGCGGUUAACAAAGAUGGCUGACUACGACGAGAUUCGCCGAGAACUGGACAUGAUCAGAUCAGUUGAAUUCGCAGGAGACGAUGAUGAAGCUGAGGACAAGGCUCCUGAUAGCGCUGCGAAUGAAAAUGGUGAUGCGUCCAAAACCAAGGACAAAAAUUCCUUGGAGCAACUGCUCAUGGGACGGAACAAGAAGUUAACAGAAGAUCUCACACUUCUGCGAGUAUCACACCGUGACAUUCAAGGCCAGCUCGAGACACUAAGAAAUGAGCUCUCGACGUCAAAGGAAGAGCUUGAAAAGUCCCGGAGUCUAUCAAGUACCCUCGAGAAUGAUCUCCUCCGUGUACAAGAAGAGGCCUCCAAUGCGUUCCCAUCUUCGGCUAUGUCUGUCGCAGGAACCUACUCCUCCAGAUACCCACACUCUGCCCGAAGAGGCGCAUCUUCCCCUACCUCAUCCAUUAUCUCUGGCUUUGACCAGAGCGCCGCAUCCGCGAAUACCAUGGAUUCAAUCCGAGCUGGAGAGGCUGUCGGCGGCGGUUCUGGCCUUCUGCCCAUGAUCCAAGCUCAACGAGACCGCUUCAAGAAGAAGAAUGCGGAGCUUGAAGCAGAGUUGUCCAAGCUAUAUGCCACCGUCAAGUCUCUCCGCCAGGAGGUUGCGUCUCUUCAAAAAGACAACCUGAAUCUCUACGAAAAGACUCGCUACGUUUCAACGUAUAACCGUGGCCAAGGUGCCUCGACGUCUGCCUCGUCGUAUGCAAACACUCCCGCCUCAACCUCGAUCUACACCUCAGCAGACACGCCAUCUGGUCUCUCCCUCAAUCGCUAUCAAUCCGCCUACGAGGCUCAAAUCUCACCCUUUGCCGCAUUCCGGGGCCGAGAGUCAACACGGGCUUAUAAGCGUAUGAGCCUCCCCGAGCGCAUCGUCUUCUCCCUGACCCGCGUCAUUCUUGCCAAUCGAACGAGUCGCAAUCUCUUCGCUACCUACUGUUUCGCGCUUCAUAUCCUGUUGUUUGUCGUGCUGUACAUGAUGAGUACCACGCAGAUCGAACAGCACAGUGCGAUGAGCGCCGUCGGUAGUGCGGCCGCAGCCUACGGCAGCUCCGGCAGUGUCGGUGGGAGCGGCAGCGGGAGUGCCCAAGGGGGACCGUUGAAAGGGGAUGACUGGCAGCAGGAAGGAUUUAGCUAA